AGAGCUCGAUCUUGAUUAAAUCUGAUCAUGUCAGUCUUGGGCCAUUUAUUGGGGAUCUCGCCUCAAAAGACCAUUCAGACCCAGCUCUUUUUUAUUCCUCACCAAAGACGGUAUUAAAUUUGGCAAAUCGCAACACGAAGGGCUCAAGAAUAAUUUAUAAUCCAGGAUAAAGACCUACUUCAGGAAUUUAUACAUGGACAAUUGGACACUUUUUAAAGUUAAAGCAACACCGUGAAGGCAUUAAUAAGGAAGGAUUUUUUUGUCAUGUGCCCAUUCUUUCAUGCUGCUUGAGAAGCCAGGGUGUUUACAAAGUGUUCGUACUCGCAUUAUUAACUGACGAGGGGCUCUGAUCUGAAAAGCGAUGUGUCUUGUUCAUUGUACCCACUUGUUUUUCAAGUUUUUGGAAGUUUUUUAAAGUUUGCUCGACAGCUGUCUAUAGAAGAAGAAUAAAGAAGUUGUCAUUGGGUGUGGAUGCUUGUAACAAGAAUGUGAAUUGGAAAUGGAUCUCUAACAAACAGGAAUUGGUUCUAUGUUUCUGGAUUCAUGCAGAUAUUUUGGCCAAGUUUCAUCUGUACCCUACAGGAACUUGAUGUGUUUCUGUGUCAUUCGAAGGGGAAAAUAGUUGAGGCACUUUUCUAUUGACAUAUUAAGGAAGUAUUUCAUUUACCGUUUUUUUUUUUAAAUAUAUAUGAAUUAUAUAUAGUGUUAUUAUUGGUGACGAAAUUAAGUACAUGUGGCAGUGACUGUGCGUAAAAUUGUUGUUUCACUUUUGUGUCGUGUUGUAAGGAACUGAAAUUUAAUUGCAACAUUUAGAGCAAAUUGGAUUUAUAAGUUUAUAAGGAUUGUGACCAUGGGUUGCGUAUUAUCGGAGGAACAGAAACAGGCCAUAGAGGCCACGAAAGUCUCCAAACAAAUCAACAAAAGUAUUCAGGAAGACUAUAAACGUUCUCUGAAGGAAGUGAAAUUUUUAUUGUUGGGGGCUGGGGAGUCGGGGAAAAGUACAAUUGUCAAACAGAUGAAAAUUAUACAUGAAAAGGGCUAUUCACAAGAAGAAUGUUUACAGUACAAGCCAGUGGUUUACAGCAAUACGAUCCAGUCAAUGAUCGCCAUCAUCCGAGCCAUGGGACAGCUCAAACUCGAGUUCGGAUACCCAGAGAGGGCUGACGAUGCUAGGAAGCUGUUCUCGGUGACUGGCAAUGCAGAGGAAGGCGACCUGUCACCGGAACUGGCGGCCAUCAUGAAGCGGCUGUGGAAGGACUCGGGCGUUCAGGGUUGUUUCAGUCGAUCGCGGGAGUACCAGCUCAACGACUCGGCAGAAUACUACUUAAAUUCCUUGGACAGGAUAUCCCAGCCCUCAUAUGUCCCGACUGAACAAGACGUCCUCAGAACGAGGGUCAAAACCACAGGAAUCGUGGAGACCCACUUCACAUUCAAAGACCUGCACUUCAAAAUGUUUGAUGUUGGAGGUCAGAGGUCAGAGAGAAAGAAAUGGAUUCAUUGUUUCGAGGGCGUGACUGCCAUCAUUUUCAUCGUGGCUAUGAGUGAAUACGACUUAACACUGGUGGAGGACCAGGAAAUGAAUCGAAUGAUGGAGAGCAUGAAGCUGUUCGACUCAAUCUGUAACAACAAGUGGUUCACCGACACCUCCAUCAUCCUCUUCCUGAACAAGAAGGACCUGUUCGAGGACAAGAUCAAGAAGUCACCCCUCACAAUCUGUUUCCCAGAAUACCAAGGUGACAAUAACUUUGAACAAGCAGCGGCCUACAUUCAGCUGCAAUUUGAAAAUCUGAACAAGCGGAAAGACACAAAGGAAAUCUACACGCAUUUUACGUGCGCGACAGAUACCAACAACGUACAGUUUGUGUUUGAUGCCGUCACAGAUGUCAUUAUCAAGAACAAUCUCAAGGACUGUGGUCUGUUUUAAUCAGAUUGACCCAUUGACCUGUGUUCAAGGGAAGUAACCAAGGACAUGGAAAAAAAGCCAGUUGGUUUGGAGACUUGAUCAAUGCUGAAAUCCUCUGUUGCAUAAUUCUGACAAUCUUCUUGAUCUGUGUCUCUGGCUAAUUAGUUUUUUUUUUUUUGGUGACCCAUUGUGACAAAAUUCAUAGGGACCAGUUUAGAAGGAAAAUACAGACAGGAUUCGCCUUUUAUCAAAUCAGUUUGUCUAUUUUCCUGCUUUCUGUCAAAAGAAAUUGUGUUCUUAAAAUCAAUGACUUGUCAGUAAAGACAUCGAUUUGUAUUUAUUAGCAAUGACAGGUGUUAAAUAUAAGAUGUAAUUUUCUUUAUAAUGUAUACUCAUAAUUUAUCUUUGUUUUAACAGAGAAAGAGAAAAAAAAAGCUCUGUAUUCAAAGGUUUAAAUGAAUAUUUAAAAAAAAAUUAACAUGAUGUUUUGAUAUUUCCACAAAGUAUAAGAAAGAGAUAGCAAAUACCAGUACACCUUAUAUGAAUUGCGAUUGUUAGCUAAAAUUGGGCAUAAAUAUGUAUAUUUUUGAAAUGGCUCUUAAUGUUUCUGUGUUUUUGGUUCCAAUACAGGAAAAAUAAAAAUAAACAAAUGUCAACAUAAACAGUCCAGGUUUAUAUGUAAUCUGUGAAUGCAAUGUAAUGUUUUUCCUCCAGUUUGGUGCUUCAUGAAAGGAGGUAGAAAAUGCUAUAAUUAUAAAUCAUGUCCCCAUUGAAUGGCUGUCAUUUCUGAACUUCAUCAUUUUUGCUUUCCUGGAGAAAAUCCUAUAGAUACCAAUAAUGAUUAUCAUGUAUUGAUCAACUGUUACCUUUUUGAUAUGGGAAGGGCAUUUUCAUUGUGUUAUUAUUUUUUUCUUUUGUAAAAAUGUUGUAUGCACAACAUAAUUACAGUUUGGGGAGGAGUUCUUUCCCCUUUCUUUGUGUUUGUUCAUUCACUAGCACCGAUGCUUUCAUGUUGAACAAAUGUUUGAUUUUGGUGAUUGCAUACAGAAUCUUUUUACACAGCACCCCACCGUAUCGAGUUAGAGAAGCUCUGCCAUGUUUCACAUACCACCCGAAUUUUUUUUAUUUUUAAAGCAUCGCUCAGGUUUUUCUGACUUUUUUACUAAGUAACAUGUAAUUGGUUUGAUGUACAGUAUUUUGGAUCGAGAUUUUUUUGUCUUCUUGAUAUUAUUUUGAAUUUCGGUUAAAAGAUAUUUACUGUAUUGCUGCUUGGAUCGAAAUACAUCAUAUUUUGCCAAAAAAAACUUUGAUUAUUAUAAUUUUGAUGCCAUUUUAGGGAGGCAUUUGAUCAAAUGCUGGAGAGAUUUGUCAAGAUAUUUUUAAUUUUUUUUCAACAGUAAGACUCCCUUGGUGCCCAAUAUGCUGAAAUCAUUGUUCUUUUGAAAAAUGAUUGAACCCACUGGUUUACUGUUGAUUUCAUGUGGCAAACAGACAAACAAACUGGAAUAUUUAUUUUUUUACCGAUAGUGGUAUGCUAGUAUCACAAUGAUGUAUAUUUUUGUUCAUAAAGUAAGCCAAGGAUGUAUAUAAAGUCUCGUUCUCAUUCUGCUAGCUAGCACUUGACAAUACUUUUCUGUGGUUUCAUCAGUGUGUUAAUAAGAUAUGUAGUCUUGCAGUGUUGCAAUAACUGAAUAUUGAAACCAUGUGCAUUAUUUCAUAGUGCAAUAGUUUGUAGAGUCAGUUUAAUCUGGGGGGAGGGGUCAAGGGGGUCUAAAAUGUUGGAAUGUAUCAGUGGCAAUGAUUGUUUGUGUGAAUGAAAACAUUUAUUUUGUGAACUCCAGUGGAGCCCUUCUGUUCUGUAUAGUAAAUAUGAUCAAUAUCAAAUUGUAUCUUUGUCAACAGAAUGUGUUUCUUUAUUUGUAGAAUAAAAACUCUAAAAUUUG